UUUUCUGUGCUCGUGCUCAGCUGCUGUGCGUAGUGGGUGCUCUUCUUUGGGAAGAUUUUUAUUAGAAUUACUUGUUUUAGAACACAACAACAAAUAAUUACUCCCAAGUAAAGUUUCCAUUGGAUUGAGUGCAGUAGUCAAAACAUACGUUUGUUUAUUUAUAUUUUAAAGUGAAUGUUACAAUGGAGGACAAGUUAAUGCUGGACGAUAUUUCCAGCACCUUGAGGGAAAGGGUGUUUUUCGCAGCCAGGGAUGGAAUGUCCCUGACUUUGUACGCUUUGUUGUACGAGAAAACCACUGAUGAAAUUGACGAUCUCCUAAACAGUGAUGUCUGUUGUGAUGGAGUCAAGUGCACACCACUGAUCGCUGCAGCCAGGCACGGCAGAGAGGGUGCAGUCAGAAUACUCUUGAUGAAGUUCCGUCCACCUGUCAGAUUGGAAACCGAGGGGACUGUCAAAUUUGACGAAUAUGUUAUAGAAGGCGCCACAGCCCUUUGGUGCGCAGCCGGCGCGGGCCACCUAGGUAUAGUCAAACGCUUGGUCCGCGCCGGGGCAAACGUCAACCAUGCAACCAGAACACUAAGCACGCCCCUCCGCGCCGCCUGCUUCGACGGCAGGCUGGACAUAGUGAAGUACCUCGUCCGACACGGCGCGGACAUCCACAAGGCUAACAAGUACAACAACACGUGCCUAAUGAUCGCCGCUUAUAAAGGACACUUGGACGUGGUACAAUUCCUAUUGGACAGCGGCGCGAGAGUGGACGAAAGGGCCUUAUGUGGUGCGACGGCAUUACAUUUUGCUGCAGAAUGUGGCCACGCAGCCGUCGUAUGUGCACUUAUCGAACACAAUGCUAAAAUACUCACUAAUGAAAACGGUAUGACGCCGCUACAGUGCGCUGCGGAACGCGCGCGCGCCUCUGUGGUGGAACUCUUGGCGUCGCGACCCGAGGUCACGCGCAUUCAGGCAAUAGAGGCCUACGAGUUGCUCGGCGCUUCCUUCGCCAACGACAAGGAGUAUUACUGUUUAAGGAUGGCGUACCAAUACCUGCACAGAGCGAUGGCGAUGCGGUACGACACUCGGUACGGACAGCUGCUCAAGAAGCCCGCAGACCCCAUCCCGGCGUAUGAUAACUGGAGAGAGAGCACCACUAUAGAGGAUGUGGAGCGUCUCCACGGCAACUCACACGGUUUACAUAUGGAAGGGCUGACGGUCCGGGAACGCAUCUUAGGAAAAACUUGUCCGGAUUUACCCCAUCCCGUCGUUUUCCGUGGAGCCGUGUUCGCGGACGAGGCGCGCUUUGAUAGAUGUCUGGCGUUAUGGAAACAUGCACUGGCUUUGAGGCAUCAGAACGAGGUAUCCGUGGUCAAAGACUUGCUGAGAUUUGCUCAAGUGUUCUCACAAAUGAUUCACAUUGGAAUUGAACUGCCACUUGCUCAGGUAUGUUAUGUGUUAGAAGCGUGUUCAGAAGAGUUAAGGAGAUGUACGCAGAGGGUGGAGAAACCAAAUCCCAACAACCACGAUCCAGAAGCUAUAAUAGAUAGAGACAUCUUCUCGAACCUGCCAUCUCUGUCAUUCCUCGUCACAGAAAAACAAAAUCAGGAGGAAUAUGAGAGCAAUGUGCGGACGGCACUUUACUUGGUGGCGGUCGCGGCGAGACUUCUAGAAAAUUCCGACAAUGAUGAGGAGACUACAAGCGCGGUGCGAAGGGCAAUAUUCAGGCUACGCAACGUGCGGCUAAGGUCUGGACAGACGCUGCUGCACCUCGCGGUGGACAGGCGGACGCCCGUCGACGACUUCCAUACGAGCGACGUGUGCCAGUUUCCGUGCAUUCGAACGACGCGGUUGCUCCUGGAGUGCGGCCUAGACGUGGACGCAGCAGACGACGUGCGCAGAACGGCUUUGCAUAUCGCGCUCAUAUCCUACCAACUUAUACCUGAUGAGCAAGAUCAGUGUCGUGAUGCAAUGUGCGGUACUGUGUGGGAAUUGCUGGCGCGCGGUGCGCACGUGGACGCCGUGGACUCCGCCGGCAUCACUCCUCUAGUCGCCGCUAUCGGUGGGCCGGCAGAAAGCCUAGUCCGAGCGGCAAUAAGUCCGCGGUUGUCUUGCCUCGCGGCGGCAGCCCUGGCCUUCCACGGCGGCACCUACAGGCCUUCCCAAGUGCCGCGAGUGCUGCACGCUUUCCUUACAAUGCACGGUGUCAGCCCUAGUUAAGCUAACAUGAUGUAUAUGAAAAAAAAAAAAUAUUUUUCCAUAUCCCUUAUCCCUUUUCAAUUAAAUACCAAAAAAUUGUUACUAUUAAGUAGGUAUUGUGCGUACAUUUUAAGAUCUCACUCGCCUUUUUAGCUCUAUGUGUCAAAUGUCAUGUCAAACGUAUGGUUUACCUUCUUUUCUUGUUUGGUGGCUUUUUGUAGUGCCAGACCAACACAAUGUAAUUCGCCGGUAUCAAGUAGUUUGAAGGAGGCGCCAUAGGAGAUCCGUUGGCAAAAAUGUGCCAAUUUUCUGAGUAUUUUCUAUAAUGGACGGCUUAACAUAUUUGUUAGUUAAUAAUUACUCUGUACUAAAUUUAUAUAUCACAAGAAGGUUCACCUUUAAAUUAAGGACUAAAAUUGUACUUCAAUUGACAUGGCAGUUGAGAAAUAGAGUUAAAAUAGCAAGAGAGAUCUCAAAAUGUAUGCAUAAUUUAUGCGCCAUGUUUUUAUUUAGCUUGACAUAAUUUUGUUAGUCAUAAAAUUUGUUUUAAUGCAAAAUUAAAAAGUGGCCAUUUUUUUUUUAUAUCUAUUUUUCUAUUUCUUGUCAGUCGAAAGACCUUACUAGGAAUGCGUUUUGCUGUGGUGUUAAGGUCUAAACGCACUGUCUUUAUAGGGUUAUGUUGUGUUGUAAGUCAUGGCACAUGAAAGCAAAGUGAUGUGUUUGCAUCUUCAUUUUUUUUUAAUAAAGUCAACUUAUAAUUUGGGUUAUACAUAUAAAAAAAUACGUCACUAUGGAUUUUUCUAGCUUUUAUUUCUAUGAAAUUAUCAAGUCAUAAUCAAGUCAUAGGUAUAUUUUUUAAACAUAUUUUUUUCCUAUAAAUGGAUAGUCCUAAAGUUGCCAUAUUUAAGAAAAUUAAUGUAAUUGUCGAAAUGCGACUUGCGUCAUAAAGAUAUUUUUGUCUUACUGUUUUAAAAAAAAUAUUUUAUCUUGUGCUUAAUUUUUACAAUGCAAUCGUGGUUUUUGGACCACAAAAAAUGGCACAAAUAUAUCAAUACUUAUUGAUAAUUUAAUUUAUACUUAAUACUUUAGUAAUUUUAGGUCUGACACAAUCUGUUGUCUGGUCUAGAUUAAGUACACUAAGGUUGUAAUCUACAGAGCGCAUUUUGACUUUGCUUAGACUUAAGUUUUAGUUAAAACGAGACAGAUUUGUGCCAGCGGUAUAACGCUGUCUCGUUUUAACAGUCUUAAGUCUGAGCAAAGUCAAAGUGCGCUCUGUAGAUCUCAGCUUUAGUACGUUACUUCUUCGUUGCGUCCAAUGGCAAUAUCAUGCUUCAUUGAGUGUACAAUACUACCACUUUUUUUUUAAAGAAAAUAAGCCAUGCUAAUCAUGAUUAAUACUCCCUUUUCCCCUCCAAUUAAGCGUAAAGCUUGUGCCAGGAGUGGGUACGACAAUAGUGCAACGGGUGGGCUUUGAACCAACGAUCUUUCGCUCCUCAACCCUUGAGCUAUCGAGGCUCUCUCUUAUAAGUCGCAUCGGCAAAAUUCGUUUGUGCAACCUAACGCCGUCUAAAACUGAAUAUACACCAAUGAAAUAUAGGCCUUUUUGCUUUAGGUUAAGAUUCUAAAGACAAGAACAACAGAAGCUAGUGCUAUCUCGCUUAUAAUUCGCGCGUGCAAAACAUGGCGCGUAGACGGACCAAUAGCGGACAGACGCGCGCUAUGAUUGGCUGAGAUAUUUUCGCGCCAUUCAAAAAUAAGGUUUCUGCGCAGGUACAUUGGCGUAACUUAUAAAAGUUAGUAUACUAAGUACUGUACCACAUUAUAAUAUGUAUGUGGAGUGUACAAUCUUUAUCAUCCGACGUAUUUUGUAUUGUACGGAUACCGGCUUCGUCUACGUGACAAUGAUCUCGUCUUGACCACCAAAAUGAUCUAAUAUUGAUCCAGACUCGAUGAUUGCGCUUAUUUCAAUAAACCAUUACUUAAAUAAGAGCAGUAAAUAUAUUGAAGAGAAAUAUCUUAAUUCUUAACAAAUUCUAUGUAGGCCUAUAAAAUAAAAAUUACAUAACUAUUAAGUUACUAAGUUAACACGUAAAUGUUAAGGUACAAUGUCGUUGUAUACAAAAAUCUCUUGAACAAGUUUGACAAUAUUAAAAUUGAUUGUAGUUCUAAAACAGUUUAGCUGCUUAACCACUUGGUUAAGGCUUUGCCACAUAGACGGCGGCACGAGCUAGGCGUGAUUAUUCUCACAGGAAACUCAGUUCAGGCAAACGAGCUAAUGGCGUCGAUUCUCUUGUUUUACUUUAAACUAAAUUUAGAGUAUCUGUAUCUUUCUCUUUUUAAUAGUGCU